AUGACAGCAGAGCAAGCUCUAGUGGUCGCUGCCUCUGUUUGGGUGAUUUCUAAGAGAAACCGGUUUCGGAGGCUACUGCAAGAGCAGAACUGCCUUUGGUUGCUUGAUGCGGCGCCUCCUGUGAAUAGAAGUCAAUCGUUCGAGGUCGUGCUGGACGAUGCGACGGCCAAGGUCCGCUAUCGAUUCACAAUAGCCCAGCUAAGAACUCUUGCAUCAAAGCUGAGGCUUCCUGCACAAGGAGUGACGACUCCAUCCGGAGACCGCGUUAACCGUGUCGAGGCUGUUAGUCAACAUCGUGAAUUGGUCUAUUUCAAGUUCAAGCUUGUUUGCUCGAGGAUCAACCAGUACGCCACCGCUGUCCAUGAAACGGGGUCGCCACUAAGAACUUGUUGGUCAUUUAUUGAUGGCAUAAAACAAUAUGAGGCAAGACCUAGUGCUCGUUCUCAGCCUGCUUCCGAGUACGAAAACUUACAGCGCUCAGUGUGCAAUGGCCAUCCACGCAGACACUGUUUUAAUUGGCAAAGUCUCCAAGCCCCCGACGGGAUUAUCGUGAAUUUGUUCGGCUCGCUAGAAGGUAGGCGCUACGAUUUAACCAUGCUUAACCUCAGCGGAGUGCUCGACCUCAUGGAAAAGGAUCAAAGCGGAAUAUUUCGCGGGAAACUAAUGUACGGUGAUCCUGCCCACGGCUGCAGCAGGUAUAUUUGCUGCCCGUCUAUUGACACAUCGAACGCAGCGGCCGCCUUCAAACCGUGA